UCCGUUUUCUCGUUAUUCCCGUGCGCGCACUACUCUUCCUUCUUCCUUCCCUUCGCUCUCUCGAUCCGCCAUAUCUGCUUCUCCCCACCGUCGUUCCAGAUCCAGUUCGGCGGCCAUGGCGAGGGCAUCUCUCUCUCGCGGACUCCUAUGGAUCUCCCUCUUCGCUUCCGUCUUCUUCCUCCCCGCUCGCUCCUUCUACCUCCCCGGCGUCGCCCCCGAGGAUUUCCACACGGGGGAUGAAUUGAAAGUGAAAGUAAACAAAUUGACUUCCACGAAGACACAGCUUCCGUAUUCAUUCUAUUCCCUCCCUUUAUGCCGGCCGGGGAAGAUUGUCGACAGCACUGAGAAUCUCGGGGAGGUUCUUCGUGGCGAUCGCAUUGAGAACUCUCCUUAUGUGUUUAAAAUGAGGGAACCACAGAUGUGCAAGAUUGUAUGCCACACGAAGCUCAAUGAUAAGACCACUAAGGCGUUCAAGGAAAAGAUCGAUGAUGAGUAUCGGGUCAACAUGAUAUUGGAUAAUCUUCCUUUGGUUGUACCAAUUCCAAGGCUCGAUCAGGAAAAUUCGGUGGUAUAUCAGCAAGGGUUUCAUGUUGGUCUGAAAGGGCAGUAUGCUGGGAGCAAGGAUCAAAAGCAUUUUAUCCAUAACCACUUAUCAUUUACCGUCAAGUACCACAAAGAUGUUCAGACUGAUUCUGCAAGGAUUGUUGGAUUUGAGGUCAAACCAUACAGUGUCAAACAUGAGUAUGAGGGAGAAUGGAAGGGAGAGAACACCCGCCUAACGACAUGUGAUCCUCAUGCAAAACGAGCUGUUACCAGCUCUGAAACUCCCCAAGAGGUUGCGGAUAAGCAGGAUAUUAUAUUCACUUAUGAUGUCGAGUUCAAGGAAAGUGAUGUGAAGUGGGCGUCUCGUUGGGACACCUAUCUUCUAAUGGCUGACGAUCAGAUCCACUGGUUCUCUAUCGUCAACUCAUUGAUGAUUGUCCUGUUCCUCUCAGGCAUGGUAGCCAUGAUAAUGCUGCGAACACUUUAUCGGGACAUCUCCAAGUACAACCAACUUGAGACCCAGGAAGAAGCCCAAGAAGAGACGGGAUGGAAAUUGGUCCAUGGAGAUGUCUUCAGGCCUCCAUCAAACUCAGACUUGCUCUGUGUCUAUGUUGGAACAGGCGUUCAGUUCUUGGGAAUGCUCCUGGUUACCAUGAUCUUUGCCGUUCUCGGUUUCCUCUCUCCUUCCAACCGUGGUGGGCUGAUGACCGCCAUGCUCUUGCUCUUCGUGUUCAUGGGCCUCUUUGCUGGAUAUGCUGCAACUCGCCUCUUCAAGAUGUUCAAGGGCACAGAAUGGAAGAAGAUAGCACUGAAAACCGCUUUCAUGUUCCCUGCAAGCGUCUUUGUGGUUUUCUUCAUCUUGAACGCCUUGAUCUGGGGCGAGAAGUCCUCGGGAGCUGUGCCAUUCGGGACCAUGUUCGCUCUGGUCUUCUUAUGGUUUGGAAUCUCUGUCCCACUGGUCUUCGUGGGCGCCUACCUGGGCUUCAAGAAGCCUGCCAUCGAAGACCCCGUGAAGACCAACAAGAUCCCAAGGCAGAUCCCCGAGCAGGCAUGGUACAUGAACCCUGCAUUCUCGAUUCUGAUUGGAGGAAUCCUCCCCUUCGGCGCAGUCUUCAUCGAGCUCUUCUUCAUCCUCACCUCCAUCUGGCUGCAUCAGUUCUACUACAUCUUCGGGUUCCUGUUCAUCGUCUUCGCCAUCCUCAUCGUCACCUGCGCCGAGAUCACGGUCGUGCUCUGCUACUUCCAGCUCUGCAGCGAGGACUACCUCUGGUGGUGGAGGUCGUACCUAACAGCAGGUUCUUCCGCUCUCUACCUCUUCCUCUACGCUGCAUUCUACUUCUUCACCAAGCUCGAGAUCACCAAACCGGUUUCGGGGAUCCUGUACUUCGGGUACAUGCUCAUCGGCUCGUACGGUUUCUUCGUCCUGACCGGCACCAUCGGUUUCUACGCAUGCUUCUGGUUCACAAGGCUCAUUUACUCGUCGGUAAAGAUCGAUUAACCAUUGAUAUAUACGUGGGUUUUGUUAGUUAGUUCACAAAGUUAGAGUCUUUUUUCUUGAGGGUUGCUAGUAGAAGAGAAGUGUGGAACACUGUUGUUAUUACUCUACUCCUGAGUUCUUACCUGGCUCUAUAGUUUUGAGCUCUCUCCGAAUCCGAACAGGGGAAAGAUAGAAAGGAAUUCACAGUGAAAUAUUGAAUCUGGAAUUUAUAUCUACACGGAUUGUUUUUACAGGUGAUGUGCUGUUUCUAUCUUUGUAAUGGAUUUCUAAUAUAUGCUUCUUUUUUAUAUAUAAAACGAAAAUUGAAUCCUACUCUGUCUCGGAGUCGGAGGAAUCCCCCAAAUCGUAUAUA